AAUUUGCAGAUGUCAGUAGUUUCUUAUAAUUCGGGUACUAAAGGGGUUAGCGAAUUGUUGUCACCGUACGCUGCAUCACCAUACGCAGCUCUGGAUGGCUUGUAUGUUUUGCAUGACGAACUGGGUUCCGGUGGUUUUGGCAAAGUACGCUUGGCAACACAUUUACUGACUUCACAGAAAGUUGCGAUUAAGAUCAUAGAUAAGCUCAAAAUCAAGAAGGAGGACCUACCUCGAGUAAGGACUGAGUUGGACGCGUUGAUGCUGUUAUCACACCAAAACAUAUGCAGACUGUACCAAUGUAUUGACACACCGUUGAAAUUUUUUAUUGUUAUGGAGUAUUGUAGUGGUGGUGAAAUGUUCGAUUAUAUUGUUAAAAAGGAACGGUUGGAAGAAUCCGAAGCACGUCACUUUUUUCGCCAGCUUGUUCAAGCUAUUGCGUAUGUUCACAGCAUGGGAUUUGCCCAUAGAGAUUUGAAGCCCGAAAAUCUGUUACUAACUGAAGAUUUGCAAUUGAAACUCAUUGAUUUUGGUCUUUGCGCCAAACCGGAGCUUGGAUUGUGUGAUUUUUUACAUACAUGUUGUGGCUCACCUGCCUAUGCUGCUCCUGAACUUAUUCAGGGGUUACCAUAUAAAGGUCAUCAAGUUGACAUAUGGUCGAUGGGCGUUCUGCUUUAUACACUGCUUUGUGGCUGCUUACCAUUUGAGGAUGACAGUGUCCAAAAGUUGUACAUGAAGAUUGCGACUGGAAGAUAUUAUGAACCAGACUAUCUGAGCCCUACAAGUAGAGAUUUGCUGAGGUCCUUAUUGCAAGUAGAGCCUGAGAAGCGCAUCACUAUUUCUAAACUGAUCGUCCAUCCGUGGAUCAAUAAAAAAUACACUCAGACACUGAAAUGGAAAUCUAUAUAUGAUAAAAAUAUCGUCGAUGACGAAGUGGUCAUAGAGCUUGCUUCCCAUUUUGGACGACCAUUUAGCGAGAUGGAAGCUCUUGUUAAGGAGUGGAAAUUUGACUAUCUAACUGCUACUUAUCGUUUGUUGUUACAACAAAAGAGACGUGGAAUGAAUUUCGUCUUGCCAGUACUGAAGCCUAGGGAUGGAACGGCCAAUCCAAAGCAAAUUGUUUUGAGUUCUCAAACAAUACAUUCUUCACUAGAUAACGAUUUAAAUAAUUCUGGCUUGGACGAGAAUGAUUCGAUGACAUCAGAAACAGAUGGAUCUACAUCAAAGAUGCAUGGCAUUAGGAACUCGUUUGAGGGAGACAAUCCCAUCUCUCUAGCAGGAACUCAACACGACAAAAAUUUAUCUUAUGCUUACGCGAUGCUUAAUAUGCCUUCCACCCACUCGGGAAGCUCACCCAAGCAGCGUGCUGCCUGUGGCAUUCGGCAGGAAAACGACUUUGCUAGUGCUCAAUCAGUUUGUGAUACGCCAGCACGACAUCGAACCAAACCUCAAUGUGGUAUUGGUUUUGAUUCUCGUUUUUAUUACCGUGCAAACAACAAAGAAAACUGGAAUCCAGCCACCACAAGAGUGUGUGGGCCGAUAAAGAUUUGCGAUGAUCGCCCAAGGAGCAAUCUUUAUGCAACACCUUUGCGACUUCCUCCCUCUUGUACACCUUCUACGAAGAUGAGGUCACGAUCGAUGGAGCGUGGUGAAACUUCACCACAUACUCCUGUACGAGAUAAUACAGCAUACCCAACACAUAUUCCACGAUCAUCAUCUAAGACACCGCGUCUUCGCCAGCGAGUUUUCGCAUCACUAGAACGGCAAGCUGAUAAAAUGAUCAAUUUGCUGACACCUCGCAAAGUUAAAAAUAAUCAACCUGAAAUGCUGAAGCAAACCAAGACAAUGGUCAAUGUGUCGAUUACAUCUUCUAAGAAUCCGGACCGUGUACGUCGCGAACUGAUGCGCGUUUUCGCUGAACAAAACAUUACAACCGAACAUCAUGGCUGGAAAAUAUCUGGUCGAAGAAAAGAUGAAUUCAACCGGAUGAUGACAGUAGAAUUAGAGGUGGUUUGGAUUGAAAUGGGUAAUAAGGAGAAGUUGGUAGGCGUUAAACGGAAACGUCUUAAUGGCGAUGCUUUUCUGUAUAAAAAAGUUUGUGAACAAGUCCUGCAGUUAGCCGGUUUGUAAUUCCAUUCACAAUCAUUUGGUGACGUGGAAUUCUUGAAUUACAAUAAAAUCAUUCAGAUAACACUUUUUGAAUGCUUGGUACAUUUAAAAGUACGAAAUUUAGACCUGUAAAUGUAGAAAUAGCUUUACUUGUAGAAAUAUUGAAUUACGUUUAAAUCAUUCAGUCAUCCUGCCGAAUUUUCUGUUCUUAGUAUAUGGAUUGUCGUCCAGGCGUUUGAUUUUUAAUGCCGAUAUUAUAUUUGUGUAGCUGUUUUGCUUGUAUUAUAUAGUUUGAGAACAUCGCUGAUGACUUUUCCUCUAGAUUAUCAUUGUUAAAAUGAAUCUCAAGCUGUAGUAUUGUGUGUUUUCUUUAAUUCAUAUAAGCCGUCCUUUUUUUCCCGAUUUUUGUUCAAUUAAUAUUAAAUUAAACAGGAAAUAAUCAGGAUUUGAAUAUUAACUGGGAUUUACCAUCUUUGUCAUCUCGCUAUGAAUUGCAGCCUUCUCAUGGUGCUAAUUUCAUUUUUGAUUUGAUGUAUUCAGUUAAAAAGUCAAGACUGAAUUUGCCAUACUCACAUUGUUGAAUUUGCUACACUCAUUUCUCUCGAGUUAUUGUCAGUGAAAUUUUUAACGCCUUAUAAUCAGGUCUUAUCUGUGUUUACGCACUUCAAUUGCGACUGAAAAAUGUUCGUUUAUUUGAUAAUAACCGUAAUCAAAAAGUCAGCAUUUCUUCGUCGGCGGUAAAGUAGUUACCGGUUCACAGUUUUGCUCACUUUUUAUGUAUACUCAUUAAAUGUUUUGAAUCAAUAUUCAAAUUACUUUGUUGUUUUUCAGCAGUAUAUGUCGUAAGUAGCGCUUUUUCACCUCAUGUUUUCUUUACCUAUAUUAACCAUCUAUUUAGACAUAUAAGUCUUGAAGCAUCGGAAACAUACCGUAUUUAUUGUUUCCCAUUUAAUGGGUAACAGAGGCUAUGGUUUAUGCUGUAUUAGUUGC